CGACCCUCAAACUUAAUUGCAUGGGCAAAACUGUCCGUUUUCUCCUCCCAUUAUGCAUGGUAAUGAUGUAUUAAUCUCACGGUAGAAUAAAAUAGGAGUACCUGCGUAUCAACCGUCGUACUCUACCAGAGUAUCAAGUAGCCCCACUUGUGUGGUACAUGUCACUGGCACUCAUGGACGCCUUUCCCUCCACUUUCAUUUCUGCAUAGUACAUCUCUUUUCCCUUCCUCCCUCCAUUCACCAGCCGAUAUCGACGGCUUAAAUUCACGGAAAGGUGGGCCCCAAAACGCAAAUAGGUUGAGAUCUCCCAUGAGCAAUCAUCUCCCAACCCUCCACCAUCACCAAAGGAAUGAUUUGUAGCUUCUCAACCCGGUUAUUGAACAUCUGCAUCUCUGCCCUCUGCAAAGCCAGCAAUCUACCCAAGGCCGAGUCCAUCCUAAUCGACGGCAUCCGGCUUGGCUACACGCCAGACGUCGUCACCUACAACACCUUGAUCACCGCAUAUGUCCGCCUCGUUGGCGUUGACAAGGCCCACUCCGUCCUCUCCAGGAUGCAGGAAGCAGGCAUCGAGCCCAACGUCGUGACCUACAAUUCUCUAAUCGCUGGCGCCACUCAGCAUUGCCUACCUACAAGGUCCCUCGACCUGUUCGACGAAAUGCUUCAGAGAGGUAUCCUCCCCGAUGUCUGGAGUUACAACACUCUGAUGCACUGCUUCUUUAAGUCCGGACGGCCCGAAGAGGCUUACAUGGUGUUUCUUGAAAUGGUCUCGAAGAAUAUAUGGCCAUCUUCGACCACGUAUAAUAUAAUAAUUAAUGGCCUCUGUAAGUCCGGGAAUGCGGUAAAAGCGCUUAGGUUGUUCAGGAAUAGGGAUGAGUUGGGGUUUACUCCAGGAAUUGUAACAUACAAUACACUCAUUGAUGGGCUUUGCAAAUCGGGGAGGUUGGGCCAGGCGAGGAGGAUCCUCAAGGAGCUUGGGGAGUCAGGACAUGCUCCAAAUGUUGUGACGUAUACGACAGUCAUGAAAUGUUGCUUUCGAUCGGGGAAGGUUGAGCAAGGGUUUGAGAUCUUUUCGGAGAUGAAGAGCAGAGGGUAUACUCGCGAUGCAUUUGUGUAUUGUACGGUGAUUGCUGCAUUAGCGAAGUUAGGUAAGAUUGGGGAGGCCAGUGCUUGCAUUGAGGAGAUGGUUAGAGAUGGGAUUGGACUGGAUAUGGUGGCGUACAACACACUGAUUAAUGUGUAUUGCAAAGAGGGUAAGUUGGAUGUUGCGUUCCAGUUGCUUGAAGAGAUAGAGAAGGGUGGUCUUGAUGGGGAUGACUACACACAUACGAUCUUGGUUGACGGGUUGUGUAAGACCGGUGACAUAGAUGCAGCCAUUGGUCACUUGCAGUACAUGGAGAUGAGCGGCUUCCAAUCUAACUUGGUGGCUACAAAUUGCUUGAUCCACGGGUUGUGCAAGGUGGGUCACUUGGAUUUUGCAUUGAAACUGUUUGAUAGGAUGAAGGUGAAAGAUUCAUUCACAUACUCAUCGCUGCUGCAUGGUCUUUGCAAGGCAAGGAGGUUCCGUGCAGCAUACAGGAUCAUGCUGACUUGUUUAAGAGAUGGCAUGAAAGUACUUGCUUCUGCUCAGCGUGCCGUUCUUGUUGGUCUUCGUUUUUCAGGAUUUAUUAGAGAAGAAAGGAAGCUCAAGUUGGCACUUAGGAAAGCUAGGAGUUUACGGUGUUGAAAUGGCAAGUGGGACCAUGAUUGAUUUUUAGUUAUUGGAAGAUCUUUCUCUCACCAACUAAGAAGUUAUCAGGGAAGGGGGCUUGGUUGUCUCUAAAUGAUACUAUCAAUGAGCAGUGAUAAGGUCAUCCAUGACACUCAUGUGCAAGAUUCUUGAAUGUGACAUCCCAAAAAAGAAGAAGGCAUUUCGCUUUUCUGAUGGCCACACACGCAUGGCCAGCUGGUCCUUUCCCCCCUAACUGUCCAUUUAUUCAUGCAUAUUGCUCACCUGAUGAUUGGUGACCCCCAAUUUGGCCAGCUUAUGUUCACUUUGGGCCCAUCUCAUGACUUGGCUGGAUCUAGAAUCCACAUGUCAGUAAUUGCUUCUUUAAUCUCUCCUUGUGUGCAUUACAUUACCAUUUCUCAUCAUGCAUUGAAGAGCCUGUGGCAAUUCGUCUGCAUCUAUCAGAUCAGUAGCAUUUCUUUUCCAGAAUCAAAUCUUUAAGAGCAGGAUAAAGAAGUUAUUCACACUUUGUGGGUUAAGAAGCCUUUGCGUGAACCUAUAUACAAGCCGAAUCUGAUGGAAGCCUUGAUCAUGACCAGAACAGAUGGAAUAACAUUUUAAUGAAAGCAGCGAGAAGCUUGGCAAGCUCAGCUUGUUGGUUCUUUUGCCAUCUUUUUCAUCUAGCUAAAUGGAAUAUAUGGCAAUUGUACAUGAAGAUGUUAUAUAUCAAAGAAUGGUUUAACUCA